AUGUCAAGACCUUUUACUAGAGGAGGAGGAGGAGGAGGAGGAGGAGUUGGUCGAGGAGGUUAUAGAAGUGGUAUAUACUCUGAACUAAAACAAUUGGAAUUCCAAAGACAAAGAGUAGAGAAUAAAUUAGAUCUAUUGGACAAGAGAGAAAAGGAUCCAAUAUAUACUUCAACUAUUGGUGGCGCAAGUAGUAGUAAUAGUAGUGGUGGUGGUGGUAGUGGAAAAAGAAAAGAUCAUCCUCAUCAUUAUCAAGAUAACAACAACCAACAUAAUCAUCAUCAUCAUCAUCAACAACAAGAUAACAACCAACCAACUAAAUACCAAAGAAAGCUUAUUAUCAAUGAUAAUGAUCAACAACAACAUCAUCAUCUGAAUCAACAUGAUUAUCGAUUUAAUAAAUACCAACAAUAUCCCAAAAAAUUUGUAAAUAAUAAUAAUAACCAUAAUAAUAACUAUAACUAUAAUAAUAAUAAAGAUGGAAAUGAUGUUUCAACACCAUCAUCAUCAUCAACAACAUUACCAACUGUAACCAAGUCACCAGCACCACUACCAACAACAACAACAACAGUUGAAGGUCAAAAAAGAAAUAGAAUGAUGUUUGGUAUGCUCAAUCGUACGUUACAAGAUUUCCAAAAGAAUAUUGAAGCAAAGUCACAAUCGGAUAUUAAAAGAAUAGAGACUGAAGAGAAAAUCAAUGAAACCAUUGACAAGAACAAUGAAAGAGUACUAGAGGAGGAGAAAAAGAAUAUCGUGGAGCAAAAGGAAAAAGAAUUAAAAUUACAUGAAGAGAUUAUAAAGAAACAAGAAGAGUUACAACAUAAACUAUUGACACAAAAAUGGGAGUUACAUAAAAGAAUACUAUCAAAAUUCAAAUACAAGACUACAAGUAAACCAAAUAUUUAUUAUUGCUUUAAUCCAAGAGCUCCACCUUUAUCUUCUACCGAUGAUGAUGGAUCAUCAACCAUAAACAAGGAUAAUGUCGAGGAUGAAGAUGAAAAUUUAUCCAAAGACAACAGACGUAAUAGAAAGCGUUCAGAUGAUCAAGACGACAAUGAUGAAGAUGACGACCAAGAUGAUGACGAUUAUGAUGACGACGGUGAUAAUAAAAAUCAAGACGAUCAAAAAGAUACAACAACAUCAACAAGCAAUGAUAACGAUUCAACUCUUCCACCACAAGCAGUUGACGUAAAGACAAAAGAAAGUGAAGAAGGAGAGGUUAAAAAUGGCGGUGAUGAUGUCCAAAUCGACAACGAUAAACAAUCAAAUUAA